GUUGAAAUUUGUUUUGUCUUGAAAUUAAACAGCAAAUUUAGAUGGCUAGUGUGCUUAGCGUGUUAUAUCGCUCAGUUGUACUCUGUUUUUUUAUUUAUAUAGUUUUUUAUACUUAUCAACUUUUUCAUGGUAAUGGUCCGUUUCAUUUCAAGGACCUGGUAUUUUUAAUGCGUUUUCUUACAAUCCUGACAAUAUCACUUCAAGUUGUUUACUAUGCUUUGGCGACUCCUUUACAGUAUUUCAAAAACUGUAAAAUGCACGGCUCACUGUACGCUCUCGCAUUUACAGCCAAUUUAAUCGUGUGUAUUAUGUUCUGGGGUAUUUUCAUCACGGAUAAGACCUUAUUGAUGAAGGAAUCUGAAGUGAAAUUUGUCCCGUGGUGGUACAAUCAUGCUUGUCACACUGUUGGAACUCCUGCCAUCAUAAUUGACGCUUUACUAUGGAGACCAACAAUCGUUCCUAUACCGAACUCAGUUCUGCUUCUUCUAGCAUACUUCGGUGGAUAUUUGAUCUAUGUGGAAUACCUUAUACGCAUCCAUCGUUUCUACCCUUAUCCCAUACUUGCGAUUUUCUCGGAUAUUGGACGAUUUGGAUUUUAUUCAGUGAUAAUUAUCGCCACUGUCCUUUGCUUCGGAGUCAGUGUACUGAUGGUUCGCUCUUUAAAUAAGACUCAACAUAAAAGGUUCACUUCAAAAACGCAACAGCGGACAGAGCGAAAAGAAUCUAUUCCUGUUCAGAGUAGACACAAGAAAUCUAAGAAGAUGGAUUGAAAUGUGAAAUGGCAAGACUAUAUUCCGGCUUUCUCAAUGUCUCUUACUUUCUCUCCUCAUCAUCAUAACUGCAACUACCACUACAAUUAAAGUUCUCAGGGAAAAAAAUGAAAUUUUUUUCUUUCCACAGCGCUAUUCUGUAUCGUCGUCGUCGUCCUCCUUCCUCUCUUCUUUAUUUGUAAAUUAUGUCGUCAGUGUAUUUUCUGAUUGUCACGUUUUCCCUUCAUUUUGGUGGGAAUCUGGUAUUAAUCCACAUUGCUAUUCAAAACUAACUUUUUAACGUUCCCUUAAUCAAUUGAAAUAUGUUGUCCCUAUUUAUCCUUUAUUUUAAGAAAUAGUUUGUUAUAUAUAUAUAUAUAUAUAUAUAU